CACAUGACCCAGCGGCAAAUUUAAACCCUUCUAAACCCUCCGUCAGUCUCUGCUUCUCUUCUUUUCUCGGACAUCUUGAUGUUAUUUCUCUGAAUUGAGGAAAAAGCGUACUAGAAAAAUGGCACCUCCUUCAAAGAAAUCCCAAAGCAAAAAGUUUUCUAAACCCGUUUCAAGGAAUGUUCAAAAUCCAUCUAAAAAACCAUUCAAGGCCAAAGGCAAAGGCGACGUUUCAACCAUGCCCCUUCAGCUUGAAGACGACGUUCCUGACUUCCCUAGAGGUGGGGGAAGUUCUUUGAGUAGAGAGGAAUUGGAUGAAGUUCGAGCUGAGGUGGAUGCAGAGUUUGAGGCUGAAGAGAGAUUGUUGAAGAAGAAGGGGAAGAAGCAAAACAAGGUGCAACGGAGUAAUCAAUCAACAGAAGAUGACUUAGGUUCGCUUUUUGGCGGUGGCAUCAAUGGGAAAUUGCCGAGGUUUGCUAACAGGGUCACUUUAAAGAAUAUAUCUCCUGGAAUGAAGCUCUGGGGAGUGGUUUCUGAAGUAAAUGAGAAAGAUAUCGUUGUCAGUCUCCCGGGAGGCUUGCGGGGGUUGGUUCGAGCAUCUGAAGCAGUUCCUCCUUUUGUGGAGGAUGGAGCAAAACUGUCGGAGAUGAACACCAAUCUUCUUUCUAUUGUAUAUCACGUCGGUCAGCUUGUUUCUUGCAUCGUCUUGCAUUUGGAUGACGAUAAGAAAGAAGCGGGGAAGAGAAAAAUUUGGCUUUCUUUGCGUCUCGCUUUAUUGCACAAGAGUUUAACUCUUGACGUUAUUCAAGAAGGAAUGAUUCUUAGUGCAUAUGUGAAAAGCAUGGAAGACCAUGGCUAUAUACUUCAUUUCGGGCUGCCUUCCUUCUCCGGAUUUAUGCCGAAAGAUAAUCAAUCAGCAAAUGUGGAAGUUAAGAUUAGAAGCGGGCAGCUGGUACAAGGGGUUGUUAAAAGUAUUGAUAGAACACGUAAAGUAGUUUAUUUGAGUUCGGAUCCUGAUGUGGUCUCAAAAUGUGUGACCAAGGAUCUUAAGGGUAUCUCAAUUGAUCUUCUCGUUCCAGGCAUGAUGGUUAAUGCUAGUGUGCGUUCAAUACUUGAAAAUGGAAUUAUGUUAUCAUUCCUCACUUACUUUACAGGAACAGCUGAUAUGUUCAAUCUGCAGCAAACUUUCCCCUCUUCCAGUUGGAAGAUUGAUUAUCCUCAAAAUAAAAAGGUUAAUGCUCGGAUACUAUUUAUUGAUCCCUCAACUAGAGCUGUUGGUUUGACAUUGAAUUCUCACCUGGUUCACAACAAGGCUCCUCCUGCACUUAUCAAGGUUGGGGAUAUUUUUGAUCAAUCAAAAGUGAUCAGGAUUGAUAGGGGUUUGGGCCUUUUGCUGGAAAUUCCCUCUUCCCCAGUUCCAACUCCGGCAUAUGUCAAUGUAUCUGACGUUGCUGAUAAGGAAGUGAAGAAGCUGGAGAAAAGCUUCAAGGAAGGGAAAGUUGUCCGCGUUAGGGUUCUUGGGUUUAGGCAUCUGGAAGGACUUGCUACUGGGGUUUUAAAGGUCAUACUUGUUUACUGUUGGAAAUUAUUCUUUUGGUUCAAGUCAAUUUUAGAUGUUGAACUGGUGUUGGUCCAGUGCAAAAUGUGA